UGUGUAGGUCAAACUGUGUUUUAUCAUUUUUUUAAAGUGGGUGUUAUUUUUGUGCUGUAUUUGAUACCUUCAACAGUAAACAUCUGCGGCUGUUUCACUAAUCGGUUACUUGUGCUACCCAGAAGACGGUUCGUUUAUGGAAGCCGAGUGAUAGACCACAUGGUUUCCAGAAUAUAUAUAGAAAAAUUAGUUAUACCCUAAGACGGUGAUAUUCAGCCCAAUUAUAGUGAACUAUAAUAGGGGCACUUCAAGAUAGUUCCCUUCCCCGGUUAUUGGCAUUCAUUCUACCACCUUGCCCGUUUUAAGAUUCUACACGUUUCUUAUCGACAAAUUCCGAAAGUCAUUGCAGGAAUGUGACUUCUGUGUGUUUAAACGGUUCAUGAAGCCUGUUUCCAAAUCGGUAAAAGAAUGUCCAUCUCGAAUUUGAUGUGUAAAUGACCUUGGCGCAUAUAUUACACCCAUUACUUAAAAAAAUAAGGUUAGGUUCUGCUUCUACUUCAACAAUCACCAUAUUUUACCAUGCAUGGAUACGCGUACAUGAAUGGGGAUGUUGGCAAAGUGCCUUCAGGGGUGGUGUUCAGUACCGCCCCUGAGUCAAGCUCUGCCAUGGGUACCCAUCCAGACUAUGUAGCCGUUAAUGGGGUAGCAGAGGGAGCUGAGGGGCCUAGUCCUCUAACUCCCUCAGCUCCCCAAGAAAAUGCCUCUCAGUCUCAGUCAGCUUAUCCCUUGCCACAGCUUAAGCAAAUGCUUGCACAGCAAUUGGAAUAUUACUUUUCUAGAGAAAAUUUAGCAAAUGAUACGUACUUAUUGUCACAAAUGGACAACGAUCAGUACGUGCCUAUAUGGACGGUAGCAAAUUUCAAUCAGGUUAAGAAAUUAACCAAAGACAUCAAAUUGAUCACCGAAGUAUUACGCGAAUCGCCGAAUGUUCAAGUAGAUGAAGAAGGUUUGAAAGUUCGUCCUAACCACAAAAGAUGUAUAGUCAUUUUACGCGAGAUUCCAGACAAUACGCCCAUCGAAGAAGUUAAGAACUUGUUUGCGGGUGAAAAUUGUCCUCGAUUUAUUUCCUGUGAAUUUGCUCAUAAUACCUCUUGGUAUGUGACGUUCGAAUCUGACGAGGAUGCCCAAAGGGCAUACCGAUAUUUAAGAGAAGAAGUGAGGGAGUUCCAAGGAAGACCGAUUAUGGCGAGAAUAAAGGCUAAACCCAUGAACCGAUUGCCAAUUCCACCAGUGACAGGAGUUAAAAACGGUUUCAGGGCUACUCCACCUCCAACCGCUGUAUAUGACCCGGCGGCAUUUCCUCCGGGUCAACAGAGGUUUAUCUACACAAAUGGUACUCCUGGACAACCGUUACCUGCCUAUAAUCAAGUAGUAUAUCCCCCUUACCAACCGCAACCAUUUUACGCUUCGGUCGCCUGGCCUCCGUCCGGUCCGGGUUUGUACGACAUUAGCUCUGUGUUCUCCGUAAACGGGCUGGCCCCGCAAAACUUUAAACAUCCAACGACUUAUCGUACGAAUCAAAAUAGACCUCGUAAGCAAUCGAGGAGUGCUGUUCCAAGCGACCAAUCUUCACAGGGUUCUCAGGGUGGUAGUAGUAAUGGACAAGGCAGCUCUAGGCAAGCCACUUCUUACCAAGCGCGUUCACAUUCACCUUUAAAUAGCAGUAGUAAAGGAAACCCUUCCAAAGGACCAACUUCGGAAGGUGCAAUUCCAAAAAAUAGCCAUAUUCACAAUGUAGCUAAUGAUAAUAAUGAGGCUCACAUAGCUAAUCAUACCACUCCUAUUGGCCUACCGGUAAUGCAUGCAGACCCAGUGGAUAUGUAUAAAGUAGCAAAAGAAGUAAUUCCUCCUAGGCAUCGUAGGAAAAAGCGUGACGAGGAUGGAGCUUUGAAUGGGCAGUCAGUUCAGACACAAACUAGGGAACCAGUCAAUUCCAGAGGAACUGAAUUUGAUUUGAUCGAAGAAGCGUUUCCUCCUCUGCCAGGUUUAGAUAUGGGAUCCCAGCCAAAUUACAAGCAUCAAGUAACAAAUUCCAUCCUAGAAGUAACUCUUUCAUCCCAGUCGUUGAUAGAGACUCAGCCAGUACCACAACAAGGACAUUGGGGAGAGAACAGACUUGCUGAUGUUGUAAAAGGUACAGCAAAAUUUAAAGGCAGCAGCGUGGGAGGCAGCAGUAAGGAAUCUAGCAGUGGUGGCGGUGACGAUUCCCCUAGAGCUGUGUCUCCGCAACAUUUUCCUUCGUGCAAUCAAACUACGAGACAAAAUUCAGUAUCGACUUCUACGGGUCCACUUGACUGUAAAGAUGUCUCAUCCGAAAGUGGAGACAUUCAGCUUAGUACAGUUACGCUUACACCUCCAAGUUCGCCCGAAAAAUUAGUUCCUGCUCUACCAAUCAAAUGUACCAUGGCAGACAAAUCAACAAAAACUGACGAUGUUCUUCUUAAUGGUGAUUUGGAUGUGCCAUGUCCCACUACCACAAACGCUGCCACCAUGACCACAGUUGUGCCAACAGAAGCCCCGUCGCGGUCAGGGGUGGCUGUAACUACUACUAAUAGUACUAAGAAUCAUAUACCGGUACAUAGGCAGGAUUCCAAAUCCGAAACUUCGAGACAUGUUUCGAUUUCUCCUCCUCCUAUUAUCGACUAUUCAGGUAACCCCCCUCGGAAAAGUUAUGCUCAAGUUGCACAACAUCACAAGGAUGCUCACGUCCAGAAAGAGCAACAAGUCAAAGAUAAACAAAUCGAGGCUUCAUCGACGUCAGUACCUUCAACAAAAACAACUCAAUCAAUAACGAAUUAUACAACUAGUAGUAGUAACAAUCGUGGCCAAAUUGAACGUGAUAAUAAAGAUAGAGACAAUGGUCCACAACGAAUUGAAUCGGGUGGCAACGGAAAUCAGCAGCGGUACAACGGUAUGAAUCGUGGUGGAGCCAGAUCAGGCCACGAGAGGUCUCAGCGGAGACGAACUGAAAUGAGAACAUCCCAGCUGCGUGACUUUGUGACUCCCCGAUCUCCGAAGUAGCAGGGAUUCAGCAGGAUGUUUAGUGCAAUGGGGACGGUGGUGCUCCUGUAAUAUCUCAUAUAUUUACGCAUAGUGUGCGCCAAUUGACUGACCCAUAUAAACAUACAAAAACUACUGGCAUUUAGGUGUACAUGUACAUUAUGAUUUCACUUCACUUGUGUAAAUCAUAUGUUCCUAGCCGACUGUUAAAAAUUGAUAUAUUUAAAAAGGAAUAUGAUGAAGUAAAUAUUAGUGCUGUACUAAGCAAGUGGCGCGACUGUGAUUGCCCAAUUUUUGUUGAUGCGGCUUCCUUGAACUCUAUCUUUUUCUCUCUCUUGACGUCUCUCCAUGUGUACAGGCUAAUGUUGAAAGAUUAUUUUUGACAAAUAAUUACCAUUUUAUGUAUAAGCUGUAUAGGGGGAGUGUAGGUCUAGUGUAUAUUGUUGUUGGGUUUUUAAAUUGAGCCGUUGGCCCUACCUUUGCUCAGUCGCCAGAGAGUACAUAUUUUAAACUAAAUGAAAACGGAUCGAGAGAGACUAUUUAUAAAAGAUGGACGGAAGGAUGCAAUGAAUGCAUUAGUAUGGCUGAAAAUGUGAUUUUUCUUGAAAAUUUAAAUAUAUAUUAUCGAAUGAUACGAUCAUAACGUUUAACCACAACAAUCAAAACUUUAAAAAAUGUGUUAGUGAUAAACGUUCAAUUACAUACAUAUUGAAAUUAUAUACAGGGUAUCCCAAAAGUAGCGACAAGGUCGAAUAUUUCAAAUGACAAAAAUCUAUCAAAUGACACCAAACACAUUCCCCACUCCAUCCUCUGGAGGUGGUGUGGGGGGUAACUUUAAAACUUGAAUAGAAACACCCAGUUUUUAUUGCAGAUUUGGAUACAUUACGUAAAAGUAGGUAACUUUUAUUUGAGACAUUUUUUCAAAUUAUCGAUAGAUGGCGCUAUAAUUGGAAAAAACGAUUUAUCGUGAAACCAUAGGUAAAUUAUAGAAAAUAUCUCGAAAAUAUAAUAUCUCGAAAAAUAAACUUCCAAAUGAAAAACCAAAAAAUAUGUGUUUAAUAUUUUUCAAAAACCUAUCAAAUGACAUCAAACACGACCCUCAACCCCUGGAGGUGGGGUGUGGGAUAAGUUUAAAAUCUUAAAUAAGAAUCUCCUUUUAUUUCAAAUUUGGAUUCCUCAUGAAAAAAUAAGUAACAUUUGUUCGAAACAUUUUUAGAAUUGUUGAUAGAUGGCGCUAUAAUCUGAAAAAUACGAUUUAUUAGCGCCAUCUAUCAACAAUUCUAAAAAAUGUUUCGAAUGAAUGUUACUUAUUAUUUCAUGAGGAAUCCAAAACUGCAAUAAAAAACGGGUGUUCCUAUUUAAGAUUUUAGAGUUACCCACCUUCAAAGUGUGGAGUGGCGGAGCGUGUUUAGUAUCAUUCGAUGGGUAUUUGAAAAAUAUUAAACACGUGUUUUUUGGGGUUUCAUUUGGAAGUGUAUUUCUCGAGAUAGACCGUUUCUAUAAUUUACCUAUGGUAUCGCGAUAAAUCGUUUUUUUUACUAUAGCGUCAUCUAUCCAUAAUUUGAAAAAAUGUCUCGAAUAAAAGUUGCUUUCUUUUAUGAAAUGAAUCCAAAUCUGCAAUAAAAAAUUGGGGAUCUCCAUUUAAUAUUUCAAAGUUAGCCCCCACCUCACCUACAGGGGGUGGAGUGGGGGAUCGUGUUGGGUGUCAUUCGAUAGAUUUUUGAAAAAUAUUGAAUACAUAUUUUUUAGUUUUUCGAUCAGAUGUUCAUUUCGCGAAAUAUUCGACCGUUCCGCUACUUUUGAGACACCCUAUAUAAUUCAAAGUGGACUUUGAAGCUUGUGAUUUUAAUAGUUAGAAAUAUAGGUGUAAUCACCCUAAGUCCGGUAAUUUGCCACUGCUCUCUUUAUUAAAGGUAAAUUCAUAAUGUUUAUGAUAAUAACUAGGUUUUAUAAUAAUAAUAAUAACUGCAACACUGUUCGUGCUUUGCGCUCAUAAUUAUUACUAAAUUGUGUUUUUCAUGUAACGCGAAAAUUAUUUUUAUAAUAUUUUUCCCUCUGUACCAAAUAUCUUUAAUGUCUCCUCAAUUAAGAAUACAUUUUAAUCAUACACAAAUUUAGCCAGGAUCGUCAACACAGGGUAAAAUUUGAAGAUUUAUGAAUAAGUUCAAGAAUUUGCAAUUAUUGAUGAAAUUUCGCACAAGUAUGAAAUUAAAGAACUACUAAUUAACCACUGAUAUUUGUAAAUGUAAAAAAUAUCUAAUUCUUUCUGAUUAAAUAUCUAGAAUAUACAUAAAACGUCAAAUAAGACAAAAAAUUGAAUAUAUUAUUAUUACAAAUUUGUUACGAAGAUCGUAUUAAAUGUUUUCUAACCAGAUUUCAUGUAAUAGGAUACUUUGUUAUUGUUAGUUCAUGUAUGACAUAAUGCACAUUUUGACGUUUGACAUGUGGCAUGGUUUGACAUGUGAAAGGUACCGUAUCAUUAACAGGCAUUAGCGGUUUAUAAAAAUCGGCCUGCCAGUUUUUAUACCUCAUUCAGGUGGAAAUAUACUACUGGUACUUUUUACAGUAUUCGGUUUUACUGAAUAGUGCUAUACGAUAUAUUGUAUAUAGGAACGUUCACAUGAGGCUUGUACUCCAAUAAAAUGGACUAACUAAAUGCCUUCAUGGAAUACUUGUCAAGCUACUUGAAUGAACUGGUUUUCCGAAGUGUACAGUAUUACAUCAUAUAUUUUUCAUUCAUGAAAUCACACGUUUUUAUCGAAUAUUAUUCGAAUAAUCAUGUAAUAUGCUAUUAAACUUUGAAAAUCGAAUACUGUAAAAAUUGUCAUUUAAUGGUAAAACUAAACCAGAUUACAGGUCCAUAAUUAAUUAUUAAACUAAUUGAAUUAUGUUUAUCUAAAUCGUGGGUUCAUAACAAUCUCUUAACAAUAAAAUGGUACUUCUAUGGAAGAUUAAAAAAUUAGGAUAAUAAAUAUAUUCCAGAAUAAAUUUUAUAGUAAUGGUCAUUGUUUUUUACGUUUUUCCUCGAUAGAAAGAUUGGUAGAGCUCCGGAUACUUUUAUGAGGAAACGGUGUUUUUUUUAAUUCUUGUAGUGAAUAUGUCGUACAGCAAAUGGUUGCACUUAUAAUAUAUAUUCACAGCCAAGAAAAAGCGUCAGAAACUCUUGAAAUAUUCGUGAAAAUAUUUCAGACCCCACAUUCAAUAGUAGAAUGAUCGGUUAGAGAGAGUAGGCGGUGACUUCUGUUACAUACACUUGUUGAGGUGCACUUUUUCUUUGCUGUGAAUAGAUUAUAGCUAUGUUAUGGACGACUUUUUUGUUUUGUUUUUGUGGAUAUUCCCAUUUAUUCAGGGCUUUUAAUUAUUUUAUCCCUACUUGCUAUUAACUAUACUGGGUUAAAUUUAGUUUUUCAAAGCAUUCCCAUACAGAUUCUGAGAGCAUUUUCUCCUAAAAAGACUCUUUGAAUGCGCAAAAUUUCGCAGACAGAUAGAGACUUGUUUCUGAUGGGUUUAAAAAGUUUUUGAACCAUACUUUGUAAUCAUGCUUCCGCUAUAUACAUUAAAUUCUACAACUAGUUAUUACAUAAGUCAUGAAAUAUAACAGGUCAUGUAAAAUAUUGUAAAUAUCGAUGUUAAUCAAUGGUAUACCUUUAAUAAAGAUCAGCGUUGGGCAAUUAUUGUAAAAUAAUUUAUACUGGACAAAGAUUAUGUUUCGACCAAUUAGCAAAUAAAUAAAAUCAGAACGCAAGAGAUCAAAACAUAUUACGACAAAAUAUCUUUGAGUCUUUAACUGAAAUUGGGAAGGUAUUAAAAGUUUAUAAACAAUUUCAAUCUAUCUUUAGGGUGUACGGACAAAUAAUUCCGGACAAAAAACCCCUACAAAUUAUUCCUGGACAAACAAUCGCCAGACAAAAUAUUUCCUCAAAAAUAAUCCCCGGACAAAAAAUCCCCACAAAUUUUUUUGGACAAAAUAUCCCCACAAAAAAUUCCGGACCAAAAAUUCCCAAGAAAUAUUUGAGACCCAAUAGUUCUCAAAAGUUUUUCUCAAAAGUUUUUUGCCUCAGUUUCAUUCAAUUUCCUUCUCCAACUGGUUUUCUUCAGCACGGAUUCAUGCCAAAAACUUCAAAUUUUACAAGGCAAAAGAGUGAGUUUUUUCAAAAAUCGUGGAAAGUGUGGAGAAUGAGCUAAGGCUGCGGAAAUCAUGUUGUCAAAACUUUAUCUUUUUCUCACUCUGCUUUGAAUAACUCUGUUCAAAACAUUGCCUAUUCGUGAUGAUAACUGCUGGUCCUGAAAGCGAUAAUUUUGAUUGUAAUGCAAAAAAAACAUGUUACUUUUUUGUAAAUUUUACAUCAAAAAUAUUUAAUCAUCAGUUUCAAUUCAAUGCAAGUAACAUUUCACAAACCUGCUUUAAAAGCUAUGUCAAAAACCUGUGGUAUAAAAAAAGCUAAACAUUCAUAAUAGCGCAAAAACGUUUCAUGAAUGCACACAGAUCCUCAAUAUAUAUAGAUAUCGAGUAGUAAAGCAUAUUAAUUCCAUUUCCCAUAUUUUCCACGAUUUUUGAAAAAACACUCUUUUGUCAUGUAAAAAUUAAAGUUUUCGGUAUGAAUCCGUACUGGGGAAAACCAGUUGGAAUAGGAAAUUGGAAUUAGAAAUUUGGUAAUCGAAGUUACAAUUCCUGCUUAAUCUUAAUUGCUUAUCAUUAUUUUCGUGCCGAAAAGCGGUUUCAUGGUUAUUGUUAUACUUUCAUACACUGGUGCUGAAAACAUUUGCGUCGAUUGCGUUCACGGGAAAGCAGAGAGAAAGCUGAGAACUAUUCGGCAGCAAAUCUUUCUUGGAGAUUUUUUGUCCGGAAUUUUUUGUGUGGAUUUUUUAUCCGGAGAUUAUUUGUCUAGCGAUUUUUUGUACAGAAAUAAUUUGUGGAGAUUUUUUGUCCGGGAUCAUUUGUCCUAGGUUCAUUUUUAGUUGUUUAAAUAGAAAAGUUUUUAAUUUUAGUUUCCGACUCCAAUUUUGGUUUUUGUUUUAGAAAUUUAAUUUGCUAAUUUUAAGUUAUUUUAAGUUAAAUCGACAUAAAUAUGUGUUGAGGAGAUUAUGUUUUUUUAUUUUCGAUUUUAUUUGAGUAAGAAACGUGUUAGUCAAGUAUUAAACAGCAUAUUGGUUUCCUACCAAAAAUAAAGUCAUGUAAAUAUGGACACCGAAGAUACUGAUACCUACCCAACAUCUCAAGUUUGUUGCCUUUUUGGAUUAGAUCCAUGAUAGAGAAAAGCAAUGUCUGUGUUAUCGAUUCGGUCUUUUAUUAAUUUUAAAAUGACUGAUUUAUCGACAUAUUUCUGUUGGGUAAACGUUUUUUUUUAUUUUAAUAUUAUAACUUUCAAAUUGAUUUUCAAGUUUUUUAUUAUAUAUGUAGUUUGGGUUUGCCUAAUAAAACUUUAUAUCUGUAAAUUUUGUAAAAACUUUCGAUAACCUAACAAUACUACAGCAGUAUCUGGAACUUGAAAUCAAGGUGAUUAGUGCUAAAUAUUACGCCUUGAUGAAAUAUAAAACUGUUUUCUUCUUUUAUAGUAGUUCUGCCAUUCAGCCUCUUGUUAACGACCCAGUCUUUAGCCGAGCUGGCUGUGAAAAAAGACCGUCAUAAAUCCGAACAGGUGUACCUACACAUUUUUCCGGUCGUAAUAAAUAAUUGAUCAAAAUCAAUUUUCUGUUAUAAACCGUUGAUACACGCGGUCUGACAAAUCGUGUGAUGACUACCUAACGCCAGCUUGUCGGAAGUCGAAUCCGGCGAUCCAGCGAUCGUGCCAUGGUCCCGGUUCCGUUAAGUAUCACGCACACUGUCCGGUUCUUCGUCCGGCUAAAAACCGGAUCGUUAACAAGGACUCUAAUUGAAAGUGUUUUUUAUAUAAGCAAAUCAUUGUUAAUUUUUAAAAAAUUAAAUUAUUUUCACCAGUAAAAUGUGUUGCACUCUUCUACUUUAUUUUAAUAACAGCAAAAUUUUCACAUAUUCCUUGCUGGGAAGGGCGUCGACACGUUAACGUGUCGACAGCGGACAUCGGUUUCAUUAUACAGGGUGCGCAUUAGUGCGAGGAAGCCUAAUUACUCAUUUGUCGUAAGAGACACGAAAAGACAGAUUAUUCAGGUAAAUAUUUGAGCAUAGAUAUGACCAUACUUAUAUAUUUCAAAUAUACAGGACCACCCAUAUUGAUAGGGCGGAAUAAACUAACCCAUAUUGAUAGGGCGGAAUAAACUAUCUUUUUUUUUUAAUGGAACACCCUGUAUUUUUUUAUAUUUUUAGACCUUACUGGUUGUUCUCGAUUUUGCAAUAAUUGAAGGUUUUGUAAUGUUAUACGGGGCAAUUUAACGAGUUACAUGUUUUGAUUAAAAAAAAACAAUAUUUCAAAUACUUAUGUUUUAAAAACUAAAUUUCACUACAGCAAAAUUUCAUUACAAACCUAGAGAAAGAAUAUCACUAGAAGUAUAUCUGGAUAGUGCAGGUAAGCAAGAAAUCAGAAAAAAUAUUAGUGAAUAUAUUUUGGUGAAACUAAAUGUAAUACAAUUAAUAUUUAAUCUAUAUUUUACACCAGAUUAAAAAUUACGCAGAUAGUUUACAAAAAAAACCGCGUAGCACUUUGGAAGUGCCGACAGGAGUGACUACUUAUCGCGCGUUAUGACUAUAUGUGUAAUAUAUGAAAUCGUAUGCUUGUUUAUUAUUGAAAUUUUAAUAUUGUUUUAUAACAUCACACAUUUAAGUUCUUUACAAUUUAAAAAAUAUUAAUUUUUUCUUUAAAAAUUUUGUGUAAUGGUUUUGGUCAUUUUCAAACUUUGUUAAAUAUAAUAUAGAAUUUAUUCAUCAUUUACAUUUUCCUUACAUUCUAAAAAUUUAACAACUGGUUUGUGAUGAAUAAAAUAUCAAAUUUAAUAUCUUCAACAUCUUCUUCUUAAUUCAGGCAAGACUCCCUAGUCUCCGGCACUUGGUUGUAAGGCUAUCUUCAACAUACAGUGAUGAGCGCACUAAUAACCGGCAAAAUAACGCAAACGAUGGAAAACAUAUUAAGUUGUGAGAUAAAAAGAGAUGAACGUAGUGGAGGUGUUAAAUUUAGCGAUAGUAACUUAUAGAUUGACAUUAUAUUGAUUGUUUCCCACCUUUAGACGUAUCGAACGAAUUUGAGAAAUGCCACUGUCACAAAGACAGUUUUAGUUGACAUACUCCUCUGAUGCGUCUAAAGGUGGAAAACAAUCAAUAUGUCAAUUUAUAUGUUACUAUGGCUAAAUUUAAAAACUCUGCUAGUUUUAUUUCUUUUUAUCUCACAAUUUAAUAUGUUUUCCAUAUUAGCACGCUCAUCACUGUAUAUGUUUGUAUAUCAUACUUCAAGCGUCUCGUGACGGGUGAAUUGAUUCGAGCCCGUGCAAAAACAUACAAGCAUACCGAGCGUUAAGAAGCAGUCACUUCAAACAUGGGAACAUUCAUUGGUAAUAGGUGUGUAUGUUGCCUUUAUUGUUAAAUCUAUAAUUUCAUCUAGUAGAUAGACCAGUUUGCUAAAUUUUAGCAAAUUGUAAAAGUAAGUGAAUUUAUCGAACAUUAGAUCUUACAUUACGUUUUCAACGGUAGAAGAAACAUAAUUCUUAUAACAAAUAAGGCGGUACGUAAUUUGCACAUAUCAGAAAUUUAGUAUUAAAAAAUAAUCAGUAUGGUUUUCAUGUAAACAACCAUGUUCAAUUACACCCUGGCUUUCAUACAGACAAACUCAACUCAUACUGGUCAGUGCUAAUUUGGUUGCUGAGGACUAUUGCCAAACAGUGGUUAAUGGUUGAUAUUGUGAUAUUCUUAACACAAUGCUGUGUUGUGAUUGGUGUCAACACCUUUAUGUUAGAGCAAUACGAGAGUGAGAAGUUGAUGCUUCCUAACUGUUGCAUACUGUACCUCAAUUUAUGCAGACCAAUUCUUUUAGACCUGUAUAUAAUAUUUAUAAGUUUUGAACAGUAACUGGGACUAUCUAUGCGAAAUGAUUUUGGCUAGAAUGAUAAAUAUUACUAGUUCAAUUUUUUUUAGUAUUAUCCUAGGUAGUUGAUUUGGCUGAUGCAUUUUACAGUUACAUUCUAUUCGUUUAUCUUCGUCGAGUGUUCUUAGGAUCGUCCGUCCUGAUCAUGUGCAUGUGCUCACAUUUCUUUACUGCGCAUGAUCAGAACGAAACCAAGAAAAUUCAAUUAUUUGCCUGAGAUUUUUAUCAUCAUGUGGCAAAUCAACAUGUUAAAAGUGUCUGCUCCACUUUAAGUCUACAACAGUUUUUUGUAGAGAGCUAUAAGUGCCUAUCCUCUAGACUCUAGGGCAUUGGCUAUCAUAUUGGUCCAAAUAACCCUAUUUACUGCUGAACAGUGUGCUAGAUGUCAUUGCACUGCCUCAAGUGUUUUGAGCCAUGAGAUUCUUCUUCCAGGUUUUGUUUAACCUACAUAUAUUUUCUCUUGUUAUGAGUUGGAGAAGUUAUAUUUCUAUUAUUCAUGCGAUUGCAUAGUUGCCUCAAUUCUAUAUGUUAUCUGACCUGAAGGAUCUUUUCUGUAUGCCAUAGAUCUUAUUUGUGGCUGUCAAAUAGGCUUUAGGGCCUAUUUUGGGUGUCUGCAUUACUUCAACGUCUUCAUCUUCCUAAAUAUGACCAGACGCGAGAUCUGGUUCCAUACUUUAUGGAUUACUGAAGCUAGUUUGUUUCUUACUACAUUCUCUACAAGAAACUAGGGAAUAGAAUGGCACUCAGGACACAGUCCUAGAUGAUGGUAGAAGGCUAAGGAAUCUCUGAGUGUCACAAUUUGCAAAAAUAAACAUCCGAUAUCGUUGAAUCCAUGAAUAUUAAAACUGUUAGUAUUCUGCAGGUUAAAACAAGUUGGUUCAUGUUUAAUUUUGUGCAGGUUUAUUUAAAACAAUUUUAUUACCUGCAUCAAAAAAAGAAUGCACAUAUAUAGCAAGCAAUUAGAUAUCAAUUAUCUGCUUAUAAGAAAGACUUCAACAUAUAAUUUAACAAAAACAAUAAUAAUUUAGGUGACAAAUGCUGCAGUGAGCUGUUAAGUGUAAUGGGCAUUCACUCCAUGAUGUUCCAAGACAAAAUCAGACUGUCGUAGUUUAAACUUUCCAGAGGUACUACAACCUUUAGAAUAGAGUUUAAUUCAUGACUUUCAAUGGAAAUUAGUAUCACGAAUAUCACAUAUUUCAAAAUUAAAACAAAAUUAAUUUUGGUAUUUUGCUUUAUAAAAUAAGGAAGAACUUAAACUUAAGAAAGGCAAUUUAAAUUCAAAUGAUGCUUAAUUAUAUUUCGGUGUUUUUUCUCCACAUACUAGUAACACAUUCGCUAAACUAUGACUUUUUUAUAUAUAAUUUAUUUCAUAUCCCAUUAUUUUAUUAUUUGUAACUUUAAGAUUAGUGUAUCUUUUGUAUUAUUUUAAAUCUCGUUGUUAUUGCUAGAUUUAUAUAGCGAAUUCUCGAUAUAUGAGACACAAUGCUAAUUUUAUAAUCCAAGUAAUUAAAAUCGGCGUUUGACUCUAAAACAAAACCGAUCAGUGAUUAGCUAGCUAUAUCUAUAUAUAAUAAAUAUAGUAUAUUGUAUUAUAGGAUGAAUUGAGCAAGACGGUUGUCACACGGAUUAGAGAUCGCAAAACUCAAAAAACAUAUAAACACAUAGAACACAUUAUUUUCUAAUAUGUUUUUUUAAGUUACAUGUUACUUAUAGGCUGUGUAUGUACAUAACGAAUUUACAGUGGCAGAGCAAGGGUUGGGUCUACGGCACCUUUUUCAGUUAUCAGUAUAUAAUUUACUUUAAGACUGUUAGCUGAUUAUUUUGUAGAAUUGUUAUUUUGAUUGAUCCUUUUGAUUUUUUUCCAGUUGCACACUCCACUAUCAAAACAUUACUUUUAAACUAGUGAACCCAUUCACGGACACGACUGCAUAUGCAGACAGUAAUUUCCCUUGGUAAGUGUCUGCAUAUGCAGUGUGCCCGCGAAAGGGUUAAAUGAUUUUGUUAGUAGAUUUUAAAAUAGUAUUUGGACCGCACAAGAGCGUUUUCUAAAAUUAUUUGUAACUUUUUGGUAUUUGACAAAUUAAACAUCUUAGUAACGAUGCAUAAAUCGUAAGGGUUAUGGAAGUGGUAGGUAUUACGGCAUGUAUCCACUAUGUUCGCGUUCCUCUUGCGUUACGCGCUCCUGCAACUGAUCUACAUAGUGAAUACGUUCGCGCUCCCGGACCGUGUAAUGGUGCGCGCUCCGCCUCAGCUCUAAUCGGUGGCAAUUUGUAUGUAGAGGAGCGCAUGCCAUAUCAAUUGGAGCAGUUGCAGGGAGAGCGGAGCGCAACAUAGUGGAUACGUGCCUUUAAGUUUGUUCCAACACAACGAAGAACCGUCAUGUUGCGCAGUAAACGAAAUACGUUCUAACAACAAUGACCGUUCAUCGUUUCAUCCUUCCGAUGAUUGUUCCAACAAAAAUUGUGAUCGUCCAAUGACAGUUUCGAGACGAUCAUUUCAGUACUCGGAUAAAUGGCAGUACUUGUUGCGCUGACCUGCGCACUAGGGUUGAUUUUCGAAUUAGCGUCAACGGAUGAUACGAAUGAUGAACAUGCGCCUAAAAACAGUACAAAUAGUUUCGUGACGAUUUCGGGACCGUACAAAUAUUGUGUUGGAGCAAACCUAUUAAUAAACGAUUUAACAAUAUUCUAAUACUAGGUAAAGGAUACGUUAUUGUCUUUUAUUGUAAAAACAUUACUUUAGUCUUCAAACUAUGAAUAUUCAAUGCCCCAAGGAAAGCAUCCUGUUGCUUGUGGUGCGUAUUUUAUAUUGUGUUAAAAGUUUUAUAUUUGACAUUUUUCUCAAUGACAUAUGUAUCCAUUAAGACCGAUUAACUAACAAUAUUGCGUACAACACUGAUUGUACAUACUGUUAUAAUGUAGACCUCCAUUGGAAGAAGUUAAAACAAAAAUUGUGGAUGCAUUUGUAUCUUCUUCCUCUUUCAGUACCCUUUUUUUGGGAGGUGAGAAUAUUCUAAAGACUUCUGGGAUGGUGUCCCAGGUGUGUUGGAUUAAACUCUCGUAGCGAGCCGCCUACCAACUAAACUCACCUCUUUCUCCAACCGGCGGGCCAGGAACCGACCUUAGCGGGCAUAGCUCUGACCCACCAGCUUUGCUCGUCACCCCCAUCUAGCACUCUCUGCGUGCGCUCUGUGACUGUCAUGGCAACCCGGUCUCGCCACCCCAUCCACGCAUGCAGCCAGCCAGGGUCCGUAAGGCAACCGACCUAUCUGCAUGAUAAUGGGUGAGGGGGCGCGACCACGUCAUCAUCCCAUCCACCGUAAACUGGCAAAGAAUUACUAGACAGUUAGUGAGAACAACUAAACUUUCAUUCUCCACCCCCAGUAGGAGUGGCCCAUUCAUCUAUACACUCACAACACAAGAUAUAAACACAUGAAAAACAAAACAUCUAACAUUUACUAACACUAGGAUUAAAAUUUCUUUUAUGUUAAAGGACUCUGCCCCGGCAGAAGUGGGAGUUGUAUAUUGGCUACCCACCCCGGUCGGCGCGGAACGACACAUGUUCAAAAGAAAUACAAACGGAUUAUCUUUGUUGGAGUCUCCUCUCUCUUUCUUCCUUAUGCUUCAUCGUUUCAGUGACAAAUUCAAUGAUCAAGUCAAACAUUUUUUUAUUCAUAAUGGCUUUAUGCAUUAAUUCUUGGGGCUCACCCAGAGGGGACCCCAUUCUCAGCUGCGAGGUUCGCCCUGCAUGAUAUACAGGGCAUACGAAUAUCACGUGGUGCGCGUCAUCCACCACUCCACACUCGGUACACAGAUCGUCCUCGGUAUUUCUUAUACUAUAUGCAUAUGACCGAAUGGAUCCAUGCCCCGUCAAAAAUUGUGUGAAAUAAUAGUUAACGCGCCUGUGUCUGCAUUCAUACCACCUUACUACAUCAGGGAUAAGGGUCCUCGUCCAGGCGGCUUUGCCUGUUUCUCUUGAUCACUGAUCCUGCCAACUUUCCAGGCUUCUUCUUUCUUCUGGUCCUGAACUUAUAGCUCCGUUAGCCCUUCGAUGCAUUCGUACCCUCUCCUCUGUCGGUUCUGUACGCGCUGCACACUCUGAUCAGGGGUUUUCUUUGCGCUCUGAGAAGCAUGGCUCUGUAUUUGGCUUUAUUUACGACCUCAUGCCACACUGGGGCCCGGUAUAAUAUUAUGGAUUGUAGCAUUACUGCCCGUUUGUGUGAUCCAGGGCCUCCUAUAUUCGGCAUUAAUUUUUGUAGGGCUGAGGUCAUUGCCUCCGCUUUCCCACAUGCUUCCUGUAUAUGUGGGCCGAAUGACCUUCUGUCGUCGAAGAUUAUUCCCAAAUACUUAACUGUUUUCUGGGGUUUUAGUUCGGAGUCUCUGAACCGAAAAUUAAUGUCUUUUCGAUUCCGCCGUCCUCUCAAGAUAAUUAUCUCAGUCUUUUCUACUGCCAAUUUUAAAUCGUUGCUCUCUAUCCAUUUCGCGGUUUUUUCCAUUGCUGUGUUUACUUUAUGUAUAAUGCCCCGAUUCGUGCCGUCCUCGAUUAGUAGGACUAGGUCGUCUGCGUAUGCCAUUGCCCUUACUCCUUGUGUUCUAUUUACCUCUAGUAAAUUCUUCUAUGCCACUCUCGGAGAUUUUGGAGCCAGGACGUUCUUCGGCCUGAGCCUCCUCUUCAGGUGAUCUUGCCUGUAUUAUGAGGUGUAGAAGGUUAUACCUCUCCGGAUGUCUCAUUACAUGGCCGAAAUGUGCUCUUUUUCAUUCGGUGUAAAACUAUUUCAUUUCUGAUUCGAUCAACCCAAAUUAUCCGCAAUAUUCAUCGAUAGAUCCACAUCUCAAAAGCGUCCAAUUUUUUCAUUAGUGUCUGCAAGGAUCCAGCUCACCAUGUCAUACAGCAAUGUGGAGAACAUAUAGCCAGUGUAUUGAUCUGAUUUUAAGGUUUAAUAUCUGUAUUAAUUAAAGAAUUUUUUUAGUUCAUAGAAGGGGGCUCUGGCUUUUUAAAAGCGUAUUCUUAUUUCUUUGUUUAUAUCCCAGUUAACGUUAGCGCACAAAUAUGCGAUAUUCUGGACUCUCUAACUUAUAAUAAUAUAAUAUAAUAUAAUCUCUAUAUAAAAUAAUCCAUACGCUCUGAUAUUCAUUGGUUGUAACUCCGUUUUGGUGACAACCAUAAGUUUUGUCUUAUCAGUAUUCAAUUUUUGGCCCACCUUCAACACAUGUUUCGGUCACUCUGUUGAUAAGCCGUUGCAACUCUUUUUUUAUUGAAAGAAAUCAGUACUACAAUGAUUCUGCCGAUUUUAAUGACUGCGUCUUCAUCUAAGGCUUUUUUGAAAAUAAAUUCACAAUAGAUAUUAAAAAGUAAGGCGAUAAGAUACACCCUUGUCUCACUCGUCGUAUUUCCACUGCUUCAGUCGUGUUCUGACCAAUUCGUAUGUUUGCACAUUGAUGCCAAUACAAUUUUUUGAUAAUGCUGAGUUUUUGUUUAUCAAUACCCAUUUGUUACAAGACACGUGCAAGUGAAAAACGAGAAUCUCGUGGCCCAAAAGCGUUACAAAAACCAGACUGUAUUAUCGAGACUUUCUUCGCAUUUACGUGGGCAGUCCGAUAAGUACUUAGAAAAGGAAAAUUUUGGAAAAGUGGCAAUUUAUUUCUCUACAUAGUCUCCUUUUAGCUCGAUACACUUGACCCAGCGAUGCUCCAACUUCUUUAACCCGUCUGAAAAAUACCUUUACUCGAGGUCUGCAAAAUAGGCUUCCGUGGCGGCGAUGACAUCCUCAUUCGACUUAAAUUUCUGCCCAGCGAGUGUCUUUUUCAAGUUUGGAAACAAACAGUAGUCGCACGGGGCCAAAUCUGGAGAAUACGGUGGAUGGGGCAACAAUUCGUAGCCCAAUUCGACCAAGUUUGCCAUGGCGAUGGCGGAGAUGUGAGACGGUGCGUUGUCAUGAUGGAAGAGCACUUUUUUCUUUGUCAAAUGGGGUAAUUUUUUCUUCCAAGUCAGCGUCGAAUCGGCCCAACAAUUCGGCAUAAUAGGGCCCUGUGAUCGUUUUGUCCUUUUCCAAGUAGUCGAUGUAGAUCACAUCUUGUGAAUCCCAGAAAAUGCUGGCCAUCACCUUUCCGGCCGAUUGGACAGUAUUCGCCUUCUUCGGAUCACGUUCGCAGGGUGGUGUCCUUUCUUUCGACUGUUCCUUGGUUUCUGGUGUAUACCAGUGAAUCCAUGUUUCGUCGACGGUUAUGAAACGACGUAAGAAAUCCUUUGGAUCACAUUUAAAUAGCGUCAAACACUGCUCUGAAGUGGUCUCACGGUUGCGCUUAUUGUCUGAAGUGAGCAAACGCGGCACCCUUCGCGCCGACAGCUUUCUCAUGCCCAAAAUUUCAUGCAGGAUAUGACCUACGCGGUCUUUUGAGAUGCCUACUGUGUCAGCUAUCUCGCGCACCUUCAGUCAGCGGUCUGCCAAUACAAGAUCGUGGAUUUUUGUCACGUUAUUCUUCGUGGUAGCCAUUUUCGAGGCACCUACGCGUGGCUCAUCAAAAACCGACGUUCGUCUACGUCGAAACUCAUUAAACCAAUUUUUGACAGUUGCUAUCGAAGGAGAAGACUCACCAGACACAGCAUCCAAGCGCUCUUUAAUUUCGCUGCGUGAUUUCCCUUCCAAAAACAAGAAUCGGAUCACCGACAGAUAUUGCUCUUUUUCCAUUUUAUUAAAAUCAGCGGACACGCCGACUUUCACACGCAAUCACAACAGUACUAUAAUUUCGAUUUGGCAGAAAUUUUGCCAUUAGCCGUCUACGAGAACGCAUUAAAUGACAGUACACUUCAUUUGCGAUAGUGGCGCCAUCGGGCGGAGAGGCUAAGUACUUAUCUGACUGCCCUAGUAUUUCUCCAUGGUUAAUUUGGAGAAAGAUUACAGAGUAUGGCUCAUCAGACUCAUAAAUCUGUAAUCUGUUAGCCAAUAACUAGGUAUUGUACCAGUUUUACAGACUUCAUUGAAGAGUUUAACUGUAGUAUGAAUGUUGCCUUCAUCCAGUAUUUUGAGGAGUUUAACAGGAAUGUUAUUCGGAUCGGGUGACUUUUUGGAUUGAACUGGAUCUUAAUUCCAGUAUUAGCUGCCGUAUUCUAUAUCAUCUGGUCCAGGAUCUUGAAACUGCUUCAUAAUGUAGGAGUUCCGAGUGUUAAGAAUUUCUUGCUCAUUGGUUAUAAGUUUGUUUCUGUCGUCGAAUAACCUUUACGCAAUUUCGCUUCGCACUUUGUAUAUAGCCGCGUUUGUAUGUAUUGAGAAAAAUUUUAAUUACAUUUUAAUUUUAAGUUAUUUGUACGAAAUUUGGUGCAAGAUUUAGCAUUUGGGCUACAAUCCUAUGACGGAGACAAACAACUAAGUGAUGCUUUCACUUGGACGAUGUUUUUUUAUAUGAAAUCCUAAAGAUAAAUUGCUUGCUAUCUACCGACUGUUUAGUUUUGGAUUGGAUAUACGAUAUACCCCACUGAAGAAAGCGCUAAAAUCGGCAACAUUGCCAUCAUUGUAUUAUAGAAUGACGAAUGACUGAAUGAUUCGGAGCGAAUUAAAAACAUACACUGUUAUCAUCUUGGUGGGAAGCGGGGACAGGCUCGUUCGUACGCGACGGUUGUACGACGGUCGAUUCGGACUCGACGAUGUUGCCAUUUAUAGCGUGUAUAUCUAAUGUAAAACUGUACAGUCUGUAUAUACCUUUAAUAGCCUUAUAAAUUGUGUAAUCUAGAGCUGUCUUGUUCUAAGUACUUUUUGUAAUUUAAAAAUAUCAAUUUCAUAUCUUUUAUCUCUUAAGGAAAAUGUUUAAGAUUUAUGACGAAAUAAUAAUUUUAUGACAAAUAUGUUUUUGGCUAUUUAAUUAUUUUAAGUUUUGUUUGUAUUAAAUAAAAGUUGUACUUUUUAGUGGAUUUUCAUUUUAAUAUACGUAUCGUAAAAAUGAAACGCAUUUUUACAAAGAUCACAUCUUUGUAUGUAUUUGCAUGGUCGAAACUCAUAGCCUGCGAAUUUAAACUGUAGAGGUCUUGACGUUAUAAAACAUCCAAGAAUCUUCAGGUAAAUAAUCUGCAUAACAAGAAUGUCAGAUAAAAUCUAAGGUAUAGUGUUACAAGCUAUCUAAGAGACUUUGUUAAUAAUCAGCUUAGCGUAUCGCUAGUUCUACCCGUCACGCUAACUGUGGCAGUUCACACAGAAGGAAGAUUGAGGCCCCGUGCAUAUUGAACCCAGCAAAUGCCGAGGCCACUCGUAGGUAGUUUUGUGAAGCACGGGUAGACGAUAGAUACUGCGAAUUGAACCUACACCGUGUCCCGACCAUGCGCAGACGGGUCCACGUGGUAAACUUUGUACGCAGCACAGUUUUCGCGGCACAUGCGCAGAGAUGUUUCAGCAUGCAUUAACAAGUGGAAAAGUUUAGGAAAGAGAAAAUUGGUAAAGAAUAUGAGGAUGGUGAUUUUCUUCUGUUGCUUUUGUCAAAGAGUCAUAUAAACAGGAUUUCAUUUUCUUUGGAUUCAGAAUCUAAUAACAAAUAGUCAUUUUAAAGUCAUCACGCCAACUGAGAGUGAGAUGAGUUCGAUGUGAAUUAGAUACAAUAUGCGUUGCGCUCAAAGAAUCAUGGGUCGCACAUGGCUUCGGCACGUGCUGGGUCUCAGCUGGGUUAAACAUGUGCCAAGCUUGAAAGUUUGAAUGAAGUGCACCUGAUAUAGUUAAAAAUCACCGAGUAUGUAUGGUCAAAACCAUGGCAUGCUUAGUCAAGACAACUAGAAAUCCAGAUUCUUUUGAUUUUUAGCGUGCUCAAACUCAAAUUAAAGAAGAAAAAUCACUGUGUGUGGCGACAAGUCUUUGCAUGCCUCAGUGACGUUCAUUAUUAAAAAAAAAGGUAGUCGUUUAAAUUUAAUGAUACUGACCAUCGCGAUUGAUGAUAUCUUUAUCGAAAGAAAAUCAAAAAGGGUGUGUGUGUAUUUGGAAUAUUAGAUUACUCGUUUAACCAAGCAGGCAAGUACAUACUAUACUACUUAUUCUCUCUGUGUAAUUAGGCACCUAGAAAUCUAUCUGGACUCGCAAGCUUGCCUUGCAGUAUUCAUCAACCUCUCUCAGCUCUUUACAUCUGUCUUGUGGGGCUUGCAUCUAAUUACUGUUAACACUAGAUCAUCAGUUUAUCUGGUUAGUGGGCGUCGUCUGUCCUGUAGUGCUUCUCGUCUUGCUCACUCGACAAUAUGUUUUGUCCAUUGUUGUCUGAUAAUCUGGCGAUGUGUCAUGCCCAAAAUCACUUAAGCGAUGCGAUUCUUUUGAUAGCGUCUGUUGUUUUUUUCUGAGACGUAUUUCUUCGUUUGGGAUUCCGUCUCUCAGAGAGACAUCCAGUAUGUGGCGCUCCAUAGUCCCCACGUGAAUCUUGUUCACUACCUUUUUUUGUGAGUGUUAAAUGUUCCCGCUCCACUAGUGACUACAGGCAACACAUACUGGUAAAAGAUUUUUCUUUUGGGGCAUAUGGGCAGGUCCGAUUUAAAUACAUAGUUUAAUUUACCAAACGCUGUCCAGGCUAAUCAUAUGCGACGUGGUAGUUCACAUGUCUGGUUUUCUCUGCCAAACCGAAUUUCAUGUCCUAAGUAUAACUGAAACCCUCAAGGUCACUUGCAGCGCAAACGUCUGUCGUGUCUUCGCGGUUGCAGAUAAAUGGGUUUUACUGUACUCAUGCAGUCUGCUCAAUAUCCCUUCCAUCAACAGCAAUAUUACGAUUUAGCACCAGACUAGUAUUUAUUUAAAUUUAAAGGCAGUAUUGAAUGAGUAUUACAAAAUUUUUAGAAACAAUUAAAUUGCUGCUUUUAAAACCACUUAAAAAAAUCUAUUUCGCAAGGAAAUGGUCAUGAUGUAAGAUAAGAGUUAAACGGAAAUCAAUGUAUAGAUGUUAAAUAAAAUUGAGAAGACGCUCUGUGUGUUAAAUUUAGUAUUUAACGAAUUUGUAAAAUAAAUUUUCUAUUUUUACAUUACAUUUUAACAUUGUUGAUACUUUAUACCAAAUAACAUCCUGUUAAUUGCAACUGAAUCAGUUUUGCCAGCAUAUAUGUUAAGAAAUAAAUAUAUAAAAAUGUAUCGAGAUGCCUAAUUAUUUUAAAGCAAUGAACUAUGUAUAUGCUGUAUAUUUAGAGAUAAAUAUCCAAUAAUUGUUUCAAGUAACAGGAGUCAUCUAAAUCUUUACUUGUGCAGUAUAAAAACUCCAGUGUUGUGACAUUUGAUAUGCAAAUUUUGUUAAUAAUGUAAAAGAAGUGAAAACCGUUUUCAGUUUCAUUAGAACUGUUUUAAACCCAUAUUGAGCUUAUUGACGUAAGAGUUCAUCCUAAUUUUAUUGUCUAACAUAAACUUCACCAACAUAGCUUGGUCCUUCGAUCCUAAAGCAAACAAUAAAAAUACUAUAUAUUUGACUUUUAAAUUUCCUUCUCGGAAAUCGUUUUCAAAAUACAAAUAAAUCAAAUUAUUUUGUUUUGUUACUUUAAAAAAUAAUUUAAAAGUAUUCAUACAAAAUAUUAAAAAUAUUCAAGUAACAACACAAAAUAUCUAGUUCAAGCUACAAAUGUACUUGAACAAACUGGUAUGUAUAGCUAUAGAAUCUAUCGUUAAUAUAUAGCUAUCCGUAUGUGUAUACUGAUUUUCUCAAAUGGCCAUUAUCCAAAUAUAUUAGAGAAAUAACAGGUAUGUUAAAAUUUCAUUAUUUUUAGUGAUAUACAGAAUCUGAGUAUAUAGAUCCUAUAGACUGUUAUACCGCUAAUUGAUUGUAGUUGUAGGGAACAUGUGAAAAAUACAGUUAAUCGUAAAAGUUUUGUACAACCAAAAAUUAUGCUCAUUUUCAUGUUGAUUUAAACAUAACAUGUCAUAAACAAAACAUAAAUAAUUAUAACGUAAACUAAUAUCGCGGGCUUCCCCCUCUACUUACAGCUUUACAUUGCCUAGGCAUGCUGAUAUUAAUCGGGCUGUUUGAUUUUGGUCUAUGGGGUUUCAGAUAUCAAUAACCAUAGUUUCUAUCUAGAGGGAAGCAGGAAGGGGACUGACGAAGUCUUAACAUUUUCAAGUCCGCCGACACGGCUCCCGUCCCACAUUGUUAUCAACCAGAUGCCACCGACACGGCUACCGUGUUUACAUUUCAACAAUUUUCCAAAGACUGUAUAAAAGUGGCACAUGAGACAAAUAUCUGAUAUUGACCCGAAUUUGAAAGUGUUAAUUGACAAUAUCCCAUAAAUGUUCAGUACGAUUCAUGUCGAGACUAAGGAAUUUUAAUUCAAUAGCUGAAUAAUUACCUCGGUUAAAUAUUCAGUAACGUCACGCGAUACGUGACGUCUUGCUUUAUUAAGUAUUAAGAUGAAAUUCUUUCCUAUAUGAGGUGCGAAAGGAAGAAUGUGUUCAGACAAAAUUUCUGUAAUAUACCUUUUGCUAUUUAAAGAGCAUCGACGUAAAGAGGGCAAAUCCGUUCUUGCUGUCAAAGAAAUUCCACCCCAAAACAUCACAGAGCCUCCAUUAAACAAUCUUGUCUUUCUUGUUGCGCUGUGCAUACUGCUUACCUGGUUGAUGAAUCAUAGUCUCUUACCAUCGAUUUUCAUAAGAGUUUUCAUAUCUGUUUCUAGCAAUCUUUUUGUUCUCUCUGUGUCAGGUCGUGUUUCUGCCACGUAUGUCAUUAUUAGUCUGAUGACUGUUUUGUAAAUUCUGCCUUUGAUUUUUUCCCGAUAUUUUUAUUUCAACAUAUUGUUUCAUUCAGGCAACCUGCAGCUCUGUGUGCUUUAUUCAAUUCAUAUUCCACUUCUUCUUCGGGCUUUCCGUAGGUAGAUAGUGUGUGCCUAGAGAUUUAAGACUCUUUCACUUGUUCUAUCUGACCCUCCAGCUCUAAUUUAUAUCUUAGUAGAUUUGCUGUUAUAUCACAUUUUCACUUUAACCCGGUUUUGGUCGCUAGGUAGGUUGUUACGCGAGUGGUCGCGCGUGAGAUUUUCUCUCACAUAAAACCAACUUUUGCCUUUCUUUAGAAAAUUUUACAAAAAUAUGAGGUUUCAUCAACGAUAAAGCCAUUUGCUUUAAAAAGACACGACGUUUUUCUGUUUUAUUAUAAUUAUCUUUAUAUAAAAUGUGACUAUUGAUGCCGCCAAUAUUUAACAUUGAAAAAUAUAUGGUAAGUGACCAUCUACAACUAACCCGUGAAACAGAAUAUAGGAUUUUCAUAUCAUCAACCACAUCCACGGCGCAUUUUAGUACAUCAUAAAAGGAUAUUAUUUUCGGUUUUAAGGGGAAAAAUAAAAUUAAUUUUUAUACAGUUGGUGACGCCGGUGGUCGCUUGAUGAGAGAAUCUCUCACAUGAAGCGCACUGACUCAACAAUAUGGUGAUACUAAGUAAACUGAGUCACUAUCUGAGCGGACGAGUCUAUUAUAUUGUCCAGGGAGGAUAGUUAGGAGACUAGAAGGAACUACAGCGCUUAUAAUUACCCAGAAAAAAAGUUGUGCGGAAUUUUCUGAAACCGUGAGAGAAAAUCUCAUAUAGCGACCACUGGCGGGUUAAGAGGUUAGUAUUGCGUAGUCCGCAUAUCAGAUUAUUUUAAGUUGUUUUUCUCCCAUUUGGUAUCCUUUUUUAGUUCUUACUUUUUUAUUUUUUCAUCCACGAUUAGGUUAAACAAUAGAGAACUCAGGAAAUUCCCCUGUCUUUCCAAUUGUCAGCUUCCAUUGGUCACUUAGUUCUUCUUCCACUUUUAUUGUGUUGUUCUGGCAGAUAUUUUCUAUCUUUGAUUAUUAUAUAUGCCAUAUGCGUUAAGGUCCACGAAACAUAAAUACGACGGUUUGUUGUAUUCUAAUAAUUUCUCUUGCACUUGCCUCAUUAUUUCUCCUUCCUACAUAAUAGUCGUAAUACUAACCAUCUAUAUUGUGCAUUAUUGUCCAAUUUAUGAUUCCAUACCACAGUUUUGGUAAAAUACAAUAAGUUGUGUGUCUAUUUCCACAUGAAGGCUACAGUUUUAUAGUAGAUCCUCAAGAGAUUAUGCAGAUUUUGGAUUUAUGUGGAUAAGAGCUGUAACAUGAUAAAAAAGCUCAUUGAGUGGCAUUAUACUUAAACAUUCUAAUUUAUAUAAAGAGCUGUAGGAACGGACUGUAGUCAAACAUAACAAAAAAUUAUGACAGUGGUAACCGGCACAAGGCAUGUACUUGUUAAAGUCAUUUUUAUUUUUAAUGUACAAACUCUCUAACACUCCAUCCACUCUUUCAGUUCUCAUUCUUAUAUCUUAUUCACCUACGAAACUUUUACAUGUUGUCAACUGUGGCUUAUGCUUAUGCAUCAUUAUGAUUCACCUUUGGAUUGCAUUCUGAACCUCAUGCUGGACCAAAAUAGUAUAGAUGUUUAUUAACUUUUUAUGUAAUUAUCACUGUGUGCCUAAAUAGAAGCAAAUGAUGGUUCAAAAUAUUUCUUUUAAUACAUUUACCAAACUUAUUUGUCUGAAAUAUCACCUAUAUAAGUUUUUGUUUCUGUGUUUAAUGUACAUAUAACAUUCGUUAGAACUGUUGUCCCAAUAUACAUUUUAUUGCUGUCAUUCCCUACUAAUGUCAAAUUACACGAAUUUAUAAUCUGCCUUGUUGAGCAAAGGUUCAUCAAUUGGUUGAACAAUUGAGUGUUUGAUUUUACUCUUUGUUUAUAUAAUUUUGAUCUCCAUCAAGGAAGAUAGGAUCAACGAAUAGUAUUGUCUAUCGAGUAGUAAUCCCGUUUCUAUAUUGUACACAGCCAGUACACUAUUAGAAUUGCUUAAAUGAGAAAACUUGUAUUAGCCUCAGCAAGUAGUAGAAAAUAUAAAACACUAUAAAACAGUUUUUAGUUGAAAAUUCUGAUAUCUUGGCUUUUCUAAAUAUUAAGACGCUUGUAAUUGUAAAAUUUGUGUAGUUUCUUUCUUCUAAAUUUCUUUUGCCUUUUUUCACUACCGAAUUUUCAUUUUUUUUGUGCAAUUUAAUGAGUAAAUGCCUUGUUAUAAAUGUAAAGUAUGUACAAAGAAUCGGUUAUUAUAUUCAAAUGACUGCAGCGUUUCAAGCAAGUAGGUAUCGACCCAACGUACAUUUAGAAAAAUCUAAUAAAAAGAAACUAUUGAAAAGAGAUUAUGUAGGAUAAAGACACUAUUAAAUAAAGAGACUAGAAAUGUUAUAUAUCAGAGGAUGCUUACGUAAGAUUUAAACUGAGUGCUUUUAGUCAGUAGUUGAGACUUCAUCAACCAUCUUGUUGGAAAUUUUACAAUUAUAAAAUAAACUCUUUAUUUAACGUUUCGACUUUUAUAUCGGAAGCCGAAAUGUCAAUUAAAAAACAUAUUUUAUAAUCUCACAGUCUCAAGAUGAUAUUACAUGUCCUAUAAAUACAGUAACUGCUGAGGAAAGCAGAAACACUUCAAGACAUAAAGAUAAAAAAACAAAGUCUCAUUGGAUUUGUAAGCCUUGACAUGGUGGCUGGAGGAAUAAUGCUUUUACUGGUGAACAUGGUUUCAAAAGCAGUUAUCUCUCUCCUGUCUGAGCUCCUUAAAUUUAGUUUGUUACCAUUCUUUUUAGAUCAUCGGUCAUUGUUCAUUCUACUAGACUAGAACUAGAUGACUUCCCGAGGUACUUUAAAAAGGUCUUCUCGUUGCCGAGUAUACGGCGAACGCCAACAUUGCUAAAACAGACUCUCUGACUCUACUCCAUUUUUAUAGACGGAGAGGCAGCGCCGAGAAAUCUCUCUGACUUUACUAAAGCUAGUUUUUUCACAGUUGAUUACCGUGAUUGUGUAGAGAAACAUACUGCGGUCGGUCAAGCGAAACGUAGAACAGGUGGUACUGACAGCUUGUCAAAGUUGCUUACCUGCUGAGGUAAUUUGAUCCAUUUACUAAGGCUGAAAAUCAGUACACACAUUCUAAAUUGAAUAUAAAUAAAAGUUAUUAUAGUCGGUCAGCUGUAUGACGGGACAGAGCCUGUCUGUCAGCCCCAAUGAAUGUACAGGGUUAUUCACUAUAGUUGGACCCCCUUGCAAAUUAUUUGGUUAUUUGCAGAAUUAGAAAAAAAUGUAAAAUACAAAAGUUAUUCAAUUUUUUGAAUUAUGAUUUUUUGACAUAUAUAUCGUACUAGUAACGUCAUCCAUCUGGGCGUGAUGACGUCAUCGAUGAUUUUUUUAAAUGAGAAUAGGGGUCGUGUGCUAGCUCAUUUGAAAGGUUAUUCAAUUCUCUAUGCAGUAAUAAACAUUAAGAUCAUUAUUUAUACAGGGUGUCCAAAAAAAUUUUUUGAGUUAAUAAUUAAACAAAUAAUUUAAUUAAAAAUUUUUUUUGGACACCCUGUAUAAACAAUCAUGUUAAUGUUUAUAUUACUGAAUAGGGAAUUGAAUAGCCUUUCAAAUGAGCUAGCACACGACCCCUAUUCUCAUUAAAAAAAUAAUCGAUUACGUUAUCACGCCCAUAUGGAUGACGUCACUAGUACGGUCAAAGAAUCAUAAUUUAAAAAUUGAAUAAGUUUUGUAUUUUGCAUUUUUUUCUAAUUCUGUAAAUAAAUCAGUUUAGAGGGGGUCAAAAUAUAGUGAAUAACCCUGUACAUUCAUUGGGGUCAACCGACCUGCUCUGUCCCGUCAUACAGCUGACCGACUUUAAUAACUUUUAUUUAUAUUCAAUUUAGAAUAUGUGUACUGAUUUUCAGCCUUAGUAAAUGGAUUUAAUUACAUCCGCAGGUAAGCAACUUUGACAAGCUGUCAGUACCACCUGUUCUACGUUUCGCUUGACCGACCGCAGUAUGUUUCUCUACACAAUCACAGUAAUCAACUGUGAAAUAACUAGCUUUAGUAAAUUCAGAGAAAUUUUCAGCGCUGCCUCCUGGACUAUUAGUAGAAUUGUAGAAUGUAAGCAUAUCUGACUUACAGAGAUCACCACUGCUUUCUGAUGCAAUUUUGUCAUCCCUGUGUUUACUUAGAAACCACCAAAACAUUUUUAUUCUUUUUUUGGGACGUAAGAAACAAGCGUUAUUUUUUCACCAUAUGCAAACAUUGAAGAAUUUACAUUUGUUAGCUCAUGAGAUAACUUUCUUCUAUUAGCGAUAAUUGUAAGACGGUGUUCAUUCAGUAAAUGUGUUCUAAUUUUGUAACUGGUAAUCAUUAUCAUCAACCCUACGUGUCCACUACUGCGCAUAGGUCUCUCUCAGUUCUCUCCAUCUCUCUCGGUUCUGUGCGGUAACUGGUAAACCAACGAUAAAUAGUAUCGUUUCUACCAGACUGAAUUAAAUGUUGCACCAUUCUUUCUGUUACAACAGCAGUUGAAUUAUUUAGUUUAUAUUGACCAUCUAGAAUAUUUAUAAUAUUCUAAAUGUGCCUGCGUAGAAUUCUAAAUAAUGAGUAUAAAAUGUGUUGAGGCCAUACCUAUUAGGUUUUUUCGGCAUGUACAUUUUAAACAUGCACCUUCCUCUAAAUACAAGAAGCAUUUCAUCAAGUGUAUUCUCCUCUUGUAUAAUGCAUUUUACAGAUUUCUACAAAGUUAUCCAUAUUUGUCGAACUGAAGCCACCUUAUCUUCUUGCCUCCUUUCUUCCCUAGGAUUGACAUUAUCAAAUUGUAAUGAUUUUAUUAGAAAUUCAAAUCUCUGAAAUAUUGCAGCUGCAUCAUUAGCCCAAGAUUAUGACAAGUUCUUCCUAUGUUGAACACCAGUUAAAUAAAGCAGCAAUAAAAGCUUCAAUUUCCUCAGAAUUUGUUAGUUUCGUAUCAUAUUUAGAUUUAAAUCUGUCCUGAUUUUUUUAUAUAUUUUCAUAUGUAUUUUGAGUUAUAAUAUGUGUAAUAUUACCAAAUACAUACAAAGAUCCAACUGAUCUGGGCGGGUUAUAAAAUUACGAGGAGGAACAUGCUUUCGCCAUUUGGUUGUUUUUUCCACAAUAAAACAACUGUCUCAUCAGGAACAGAAAAAUGCUGUUCUUGUAUAUUGUCAUGGUCUACAAAAUCGUCUUGUAAAGGGUCUUGAAUUUUUAUAGGUAUCCAUUGAACGGACUCAUUCAAUUUCACUAAAUUAUGCUAAUUCAGUGCCAUUAAAAGGUACAUAGAGUCUAAAAAAAAUACAAAAAAAAAUUUAAGCAAUUUUAUUUAUAGUUUUACUGAUGGACCCUACCUGUGGAAAGGAUUGUUAAAACUGGAUUGAUGAUAUAUGCAGGGAUGUAUUAAAAAAUAUGGUAGCGAGUUACAGUUAAAUAAAACUCACGCUUCGAUUUAUAUACGAUGUAUUCAUGCAACUUUUUAGUUUGAAUAUAUCUAAUACACUAACUUAAACAUCAGCGAGCUCAUACUCGUAUAUACGAAAUAACGUUAUUCUGGAGAAUUCUGGACUUCGCCAUCUCUAUUCUACUCACAUUCCUGUAAUUUCCGCACGCCUCUUCUCAGCACUUCCAGAUUGUUCUGGAUUAUGUCGAGAUGGAACCGUUACUUGCGAUCGGUCGAACUUAAUUUUUUGUUACAAUAUAUAACUAAUGUUCGUCCCACCUUGACUUUACGGUAUAGUGAACAUAGGCUAUUUAUGAGAGUUUUUAGCGCUGUGAUGCCGAUUUUAUCAAAAAGAAUUUUUAAUCCAACAUCAGAGAGGUUAAAUUAAAACUGUUUCAGGAAGGCAAUCUACAAUUUUAGGAUUCAUAUGCGUAAUAACUAUAGUAUAUCAAAUAAACUUAAACGCAGACGAAUCCUAAAAUUGUAGAUUAUCUUUCUAAAACAGUUUUAAUUUAAUCUUUCUAAUGUUCGAUUGCAAAUUCUUUUUGAUAAAAUCGGCAUCACCGCGCUAAAAACUCUCGUAAAGAUUGCAUUACCUAUGUUUCCUGUACUGUAAAGUCAAGGUGGGACGGACUAUAGUAAGAAAGUUACUUUAAACUUUUAAUUUUUUAACUGUUUAUUUUUUUAUACAACAAUAUCAAUCGUGUGUUUUUAUUUACGUAAACCAAUAUUCCUUAUAGAAUUAAUAUUUUUUAAAUUUUGUAAAUUUUAUUAAAUUAAAAGCUCAAUAUGGUGAACCCUCAAACGAAAAUCGAUAGAACUAUUAUAGGUUUAGUGGAGUGUGUGUCCUCUGGCAUUUCUAUGUAUAUUCUAAUAUGAAAAAAGCUAUUGUUUAUUUUUGUGUGCAAGUUUCUAUUAUUAUAGGUAAUAAUUACCCUUUAUAUUUGUUCCGCUUGCAGGGGUGUUUCACUUUUACUAGAUAUUACCGAAAACCUUAAUUUUAACUAUUAGUCUACAAUUUUUGUAUCGCACAUGUUACUGUAACUAGGGGACAAUGUUUGUGUAAACUGUAAAUGGUCUUAAAAUUUGUAGUUCACUAGUUCAAGGCAUUGUUUGAAACUGUAAAAUAAUAACAAGCUAAUAUCAAUGAUUUUUGUAAGACUAUCAAAUUAAAAUAUAAAAUUAUUAUUAUUAUUGUAUAUUUGACUUCUCGUUAACCCUUUGAAUGUUGAUGACGCCUAAAACCGUCAUACCGUUACUACUGUCAAGUGCUCAUGACGGCUUCAGGCGUCACAUGCACAACAUUCGUUUACGUCGAAAAAUCGAGUUACGAGCACCCAAGUCACAUAUAUUAGGCAUAUUUCGUCAGCAAUGAAAGGGUUCAUUAAACUUCUAAAAUAACUGCAAUUAAGAAAUUUAACUGAUACAGCACAUAUUUCGGAUCACUGUUAACAGCUUUUAAAACAAUUAAAAUUAGAAGAUUUUUUGUUUUAAUCAUCAUCAUCAUCAUAAUUGACUCGAGAAUCAUUGGUGAACAGUGGGGCAGCCUAUCUCGUCGAGAUGCUACAAAUUCAUGAGGUGUUGCUUUAAUCCCAAUAAUUUCUCUCAAUUUAUCAAAAAAUAUUCACACAUUUGGCUUGUUGAAAGAGGCCAUUCGACGUAAGCUUGUGGCUUCAGGCUUCCCAAGAGAUGUUUUGAUAUCAUAAGAAGUUCUAAAACAUCGGUUCCAUUGUCUACAAGCAGUUUUAUUAUAACCCAUGAUUCAGGGUAGUUCACAUUGUUAAACUUUUUAACAGUGACGUCAUAGUUCCACUGUGCAGCUUUUAUGUGUGUGAGCAGUUCAUUUUCUUGUUCAGUACUGAAGACUUUGCGUGUUGAAUUAUUAGCUUCAUACUUAAAAGUCGUUUUACCAGACACUUUAUGUUUUUGAAUGUGCCUAGCAAGAGUACUUUUUGAUGAAACAUCCAUCUUUUUCAUGUGCCGUGCUCGAUUAUCGAGCGUUGGCUAUCAAACUGGCUAUAGUAAUUUUGUUGACAGCAGCUCGGGAAAGGGAUGCAGAGGAUCUGUUAAACCAUUCUCUCAGGUUUCUAAGCCAUGAUAUUCUUCUUCGAUCUGGCCUUCUUCUUCGGUCUACCUUGCCUUGUAUUAUUAAAUGGAGUGUAUUAUAUCUCUCUGGGUGUUGUAUAACAUGACCAAAAUAUUCCCGUUUCCGAUUUUUAACUGUUCUGACAACUUCCGUAAUUUUUUCCAUCCGAUGCAAAACAACAAAGGUCGACUUUGCGCCAAUAUCUCAUUGGCAUCUGCUUCUAAUGCUUCUGCAUCUAGUUACACCCUUUUUUUGCUGUAGCACUUCUUUCCAUCUGCAAUAACACAGGUUUGUUUCAACUCAAUACAAAACCGUUCUUGAAUCGUUACGGGCAUGCGCAGUAACACAUUUUUCAUUACUGCGCAUACUUGUAGCCGUUCAAGAACGGUUUUUGUGACAGGUUGGGACAAACCCUACGAUUAACAUUAAGUGCAUUGCAGAAAAAACGUGUUACACCUAUUUAUCAGUCACAUCAAAUGGCUGUUGGCAGAAAAGCGAACAUUUGACACAAGUCGAAGACAGUGUUGCCAUCACUAUAAAUUUCUCAGAGUUCCCUCUAGAACAGUUAGGUAUUUAUAUCUUUACAAUGAUGUUGUGUGGUAGCGAACGUCUUAAAAAGGAAUCUUAUUGCAGAAGAACCUAAGAUUAUAGAGAUGUUUGUAAAUACAACUGAUAAUAUUUCUGAAUCUCAGUUAUUAAUGCUUUCAGAUUUGCAAUUAUCUAACUUAAAACUAAAAAACACUUUUUAAUUGUUCUUUUUUGCUUGAACGUUAGAUGCUAACCAAAACAAAAAAAAAUAUACAAAAUUCAUGUGUAAUUUAUAAACAUAGUUACGAUAGCUAGAUAAUCUUUAAAGAUCUUACGAAAACUAUUUUGAUUAUUCGACGUUUAUUGAAUGGACCAAACAAAUUUUAAAACCAUUUGGACCCUUUGUAAAGUAAGAGUGUCUACCUGGGCCAUCUAUAUUUUAAUGUGAGAUUUUUACUAAACAAAAAACGUAAGUUUGAGUUAAGAAUUUUAUAUUUAAUUUUCGUCAGUUUUAUUUUCCUGGAUUUUAGACAGUGUUUGUGUACUUUCUAUGAUAAAAAUUUGCACGCUAAAAUUCCACUGUAUAAUUAAAAAAAAAACGAACGUUUAAUUUUUUUUCUAGUCUAAUGUUUGUAUGUAUAUUUGAUUUUUUGAUGUGUAUGUUAAGUUUGAAAUGAUAUAGGGUGGGACGAAAAUUUUUUUAGAAAUUUUAUUUCAGUCUGAGGCAAAAAAUUGACAACGCCUGCGCAUAACAUAAGCACAUUACGAGCCACAAGUGGCGGCUUCUUUGUUGUUUAAAAGAACUUCAACUGAACUCUGCUAACAUGUUGAAAAUAAAAUGUAGAGUUGUAGUCCAGGUUGUGAGGUCGUUCCCGUCUGAAAAAAAUUCUGAUUCCGUUUCUUAGCGGAUUCCUGUUCAAAAAUGUUCCCUUUAAAGAAAUCGGAAGGGUACCGCGCGAAAUUUUUGGACAGAAAAAUGUUUUUCCUAGCAGAAAAAAUAUGAGUUUUGAAAUUUGUUUCAAAAAAUGUUUAAACGAUUUCUGCCCAAAAAUUUCGCCUGGCACCCUUUAGAUUUGUUUAAAGGGUACAUUUCUUAAUAGGAAUCAGCAAAGAAACCUAAUCAGAAACAUUUUUCCAACGGGAGCGGUCUCACGACCUGGACUAUGAAGUCACAUGUUGAAAAGAAAAUGUAGAGUUGGAAUAAAUCGUCACUGAUGAUAAUUGGUUUUCACACUACUGAUUAUAUCCAUCAUAACACUCCCUUUUUAACAUUUUGCUGUUGUUAAAUCAUUUUUUUGGUUUGUUACUGAAAUAUUUAAUUUCCAAAAAAAAUAUUUCCUUGGCCUUUUUGUUUUCGACCCACCCUAAAUAAAGCAGGUGAUGGGGUCUUACUUAGAACUUAGUUAUAAUUUUGCAAUUAAGAUAUUAAAUAUUCGUAUAACUCGUCACCUUCAUGUUGAUGAUAAGUUGGAACACCUUGUCUGAAGUCCAAAAUAAUUUUCACCCCUGCUUUAUUUAUAUGGUUUUUGAGCUGUACUGAUUAAGCUUCUGAUGUUGCCCAUUAAAAUUGUUAUAAAAAUAUAUUUCUUUUAUUAUAA